AUCUGGUCCAAUCUGGUCACUCAGAUGGAAAAAUAAACAAAAACAAAUCUACCAGCUCAAACUUCAAAGACAAAAUCAAAUUUUUAAUUUUUGAUCUAUCAGUGGAUCACACUGGAUAUUACCAUCACCAGUGAAUAUGAAGAUCACAAUUAAAAUGCUGCAAGGACGGGAGUGUUCCUUAGAAGUCACUCCCGACACCAGUGUAAUUGCUCUGAAACGCAUGAUUUCUCCACAACUCUGCGUCCCUGUAGCAGAACAGAAACUACUCAUUUUAGGGAAACCCAUGCAAGAUGAUAAAAAGCUGAGUGAUUACUCCGUCAAGGAAGGUUGCAAAAUCAAUCUGAUUCGCCGAGUUUGCGACUCGAAUAGUCACACAGCCGACAAACCUGGGCUCAGAGACACAAUGCUUGCAUUCCUGUUGAAGCACAUGCCCCCGGACAAGGCCCUGAAAGUUCUGGACGAAUUCAUGAAGGACUUCAACAAGUCAAUCAACAGCUUGAGCAUUGAUGACAUAGAGAGAAUUGCUAAGACAAGACUUCAGGAGGAAAACCAUGAAGAAUUAUAAAAAAAUAUCAUAUUCCUUAAAGUCUCCUCAAGCUGAUGUUCAUAUUUUUAACUUAAUUAAUUGAUAGUAUAACGUGUUGAUAAUUUUCUACGUCUUGUCUCAUCCAUUAAAAACAAUAAUCUAGUA